AUGUCGUCCAAAGGAGAAUUGGUAGCUGCCUUUGCCCUUGGUCUGGCUGUACACAUUCUCUUCUUCAACCGGGGAGAACACCAUCUCCAUCCGCAGCGCUAUCUCAACGCCUUUGGCGCCGCCAUAAUUGCAACGGUGGCUCUGCUCCAUUUCCGCCACCACUUACCCCUUUUUGAGGUUCUACGUACAACGACGACUCUAUCGGUUUCGUUUCUGGCUGGUUUAUACUCCAGCCUGCUCGUCUAUCGUCAGUUUCUUCAUCCCUUGAAUAAAUUCCCCGGCCCAUUCGGCACGCGCAUCUCAGCGUUGUUUUUAUCAGUCAAGUUUGCCAAAGCCGACAGUUCGCGCCAGUAUCUGCAAUUGCACAAGAAAUAUGGCGACUUUGUACGCACUGGCUCUUCGGAUCUUUCAAUCAUUCACCCCAAGGGUGUUCAAGCCGUUUACGGCCCUGGUACGCCAUGUACCAAAGGUGAUGCUUACGAUGCAACUCACCCCUUUGUGUCCCUACACAGUUUUCGCGAUAGACAACUACACGACAAUCGUCGUCGAGUCUGGAGCGCGGCGUUUGGCGAUACUGCUCUGCGCGGUUACGAGAAGCGUAUCCGCAAGUAUCGCGAUAUGUUGGUAGCCACUUUUGCCCAGUCGGAAGGCAAACCAGUCAAUGUCGUGCAAUGGUUCAAUAACUACUCGUUCGAUAUAGUCGGUGACUUGGCAUUCGGUCAGUCCUUCGACAUGCUGAAAAAGGAUGAGUUGCAUUGGUCUGUUCGGUUAUUGGCCGAAGGCUUCGAGCCGUUGUCGUAUGCUCUCCCGACAUGGAUAUUUCGAAUGGCGCAGGUCAUUCCCGGUGCGACCAAAGAUUGGUUUAGGUUUUUGGACUUUUGCCGUGAGCGGAUCAUCACUAGAAUGAAGAAUACACCUGAUAUUCCGGAUAUCACAUCCACGCUUUUGGCGCCUUUGGAGGGGAAGAAUGUGUCCAAGGAAGAUUUGAAUCUGUUGGUUGGCGAUUCUCAGCUUAUGAUGGCCGCUGGCGGUGAUACCACCGCAACGACCCUGUCUAGCAUCAUUUUCGAGCUCUGUCAGCACCCCGACCAGCUCGACCAACUGCGCAAAGAAGUAGCGCCCUACAUGACUGACCCAUCUGGUGACGUCCUAAACGAAAAGAUUGUACAUAUCGACCGCCUCAACGGCGUGAUUUAUGAAGCCCUUCGACUUCAUCCUCCUGUGCCAGGCAUUAUUCAACGCAAGACGCCCCCAGAGGGUAUAUGGAUUGAUGACGUCCAUGUUCCAGGCAAUAUGUCUGUUUUCUGUCCUCAAUAUGCCAUUGGACGAAGUGAGGCAGUGUACGAGAAACCAGAAGAAUUCAUCCCCGAACGCUGGUACUCACGGCCCGAACUCGUCAAGGAGAAGAGCGCCUUUGCGCCGUUCCUAGUCGGAACAUAUGGCUGUAUUGGCCGUCCACUCGCCAUGAUGAACCUCCGAAGCACCGUUGCACGUCUUAUCACCACGUUUGAUAUCAAGUUUGCCGACGGAGAGGACGGUAGUACCUUUGAUGGCAAGUCGACAAAUCACUUUUUGUGGGUUCCGGGAGAUUUGUUCAUUUCGUUUACCAAGCGUGGCUAG